AUGCUUACUCAGUGUCCCAAAGGAAACAACGCAAAAUCGUUUGAAAUGCGUACGGCUGUUACAAUUUUACAAAAAAACGAAGGAGAGAAAUGCAAACAAGAAAUAUACAAUCGUGUCAAUAAUUACCAAAUAUCUCCUUCAAUCCGCGAACUCCAAAAACUUGAAUAUGAGAAAAAUAAAUCCAGAAAUCAAAAGAAAGCUACACCAGAAACAAGAAAAGAGAUCAACAAGGCAAGAAAUGCAAAA